CCCCGGCCUCUCAGGACCCGGCAGGAGGGCUAUGGCCGGGAGUGGGCGGCUGGCGCUGCGGACGCUGCCUGGGUCUGGCUGGGUACGGGGCUCGUGCCCCGCGGUGCUGAGUCGUCUGCAGGAUGCGGCCGUGGUGCGGCCUGGCUUCCUGAGCAAGGGAGAGGAGGAGACGUUGAGCCGCGAGCUGGAACCCGAGCUGCGCCGUCGCCGCUACGAAUACGAUCACUGGGACGCGCUCUCUGUACAGGCCAUCCACGGCUUCCGGGAGACAGAGAAGUCCCGCUGGUCUGAAGCAAGCAGAGCUAUUUUGCAGCGAGUACAGUCAGCUGCUUUUGGCCCUGGCCAGACUCUCCUGUCCCCUGUGCACGUGCUGGACCUGGAGCCUCGGGGUUACAUCAAGCCCCACGUGGACAGUGUCAAGUUCUGUGGGGCCACCAUCGCUGGCCUGUCCUUACUGUCCCCCAGUGUCAUGCGGCUGGUGCAUACUCAGGAGCCAGGGCAGUGGCUGGAACUUUUGCUGGAGCCAGGCUCUCUCUACAUCCUAAGGGGUGUGGCCCGUUAUGACUUCUCCCACGAGAUCCUCCGGGAUGAAGAGUCCUUUUUUGGGGAGCGCCGCAUUCCCCGGGGCCGACGCAUCUCUGUGAUCUGCCGCUCCCUCCCUGAGGCCACAGGACCAGGACAGCCACCUCCAGCCUGCUGAUAGCCAGGCUGGUCCCCAGCUUCUCCCACAUAUUAGACUUUUGGAUGAAGCUGCAGAAGGAACAGCCCAGCCAUCCCCCACCAGCUGCCUGCGGGACCCAGGGCCUGCACGGGGCAGCCUCUGCCCACCUCGUGCCAUGGUGGCUGGUCAGGGCACACACUGGCACACAGUCACAAGGCCAGGAGAGCAGGUUCUUUAUUACACUCAUUGCCAGUGCCCCAGUCCACCAAUCCUUCCUUCUAGUCUUCUCCGCAUCCAGGUCUCCAAUAAAUACUAGCCAAGUGAGGUCUUCAA